CGCCGCCUGUCGCGACACUCGCUCCCAGCCCGCCUCCCCGGGGUCUCCCCCGCUCAGCGCGGAGCUCCCAGGCCCCCCGGUAGCCCCGGCGCCCUCGUUACCUGUCCCCGGUACCGCGCACACGGCCCCGGAUCGCGAUAGUGCGUCAGCCAUCGCGACAGAAGUGCCGUCAGGGGGAAGGGGGGAUUGCGGUCGCAGUGCGAGCACAUCCUUUGUGUGAUUCUUUCCCAAGAAAAGUGUCUUUUUGCGAGAGACUCGCAGGCUGGUUUGGGCUGGAAGGGACCUCAAAGCCCAUCUCUCCCACGGGCAGGGAACAGGUAUCGCCAAUAAAUCAUCCGUCGUUUUUAUUCCCCACCAACCGAUUUUCAAGUGUCUGAAGAAGAAGAAGAAGAAACUGCAGAGCUGGACUCCAGUUCUCAGUGCACUCAUGCAGCAAAGUACUGAGAUGGUUUUGGUUCUGCAGCGUGUGAACCUCCCCGACCAACACCUGCGAGGGCUCACAGACGUCUCUCACCCUGGUAGCUCUAGGGGACACUACACAGAAAAUGAGAUCUGCACAGUAUCCUACCCCAGCAGAAUUGGAUGCUUAUGCUAAGAAGGUCGCCAACAAUCCACUGACUAUAAAAAUCUUUCCGAACAGCGUCAAGGUUCCCCAGAGGAAACACAUACGCCGUACUGUGAACGGACUCGAUACUUCGGGCCAGAGGUACAGCCCCUACCCAUCUCAGGCCACCACAAAAACCGGCCUGCUGGCCAUAGUCAAAUCCCCAGCGAAAGGAAUCAUCAAGGACUUUGACGGGACGCGCGCGCGCCUGCUGCCGGAGGCGAUGAUGAACCCCCCCUCCACGCCCUACGUUGCACCAAGCACUUUAUCCCACCCCCAGGCGCUCGCUCGCCAGCAGGCUCUCCAGCAUGCACAGACUUUGCCGCACCCCCAGAGCAUCCCGCAGCACCCUCAGGGUAUUCCACAGCCACCCAGCUUACCGCACCCUCAGGGGAUCCCGCAGGCGCUGCCGCACCCGCAGAACAUGCAGCAGCCGCAGGGCUUGCAGCACCCUCAGCCCAUGGCACACCAGACCCUGCAGCACCCCCCGAACCCGCUGCUGCAGCCGGGUUUACAUGGAGGCAGAAAGAUGCCGGACGCAGACGCGCCGCCGAAUGUGACCGUGUCUACCUCAACCAUUCCCCUCUCUAUGGCUGCCACCCUGCAGCAGAACCAGCCACCGGACCUGAGCAGCAUUGUGCACCAGAUUAACCAGUUCUGCCAGGCCAGAGCUGGCAUUAGCACUACCUCAGUGUGUGAGGGACAGAUUGCAAACCCCAGCCCUAUAAGUCGCAACCUGCUUAUCAAUGCAAGUACCAGGGUAUCUACUCACAAUGUCCCUACACCCAUGCCUUCCUGUGUAGUAAACCCUGUCGACCAUGCUGCUGCUGCUAUUCCUCCUGCCUCUGUUAAUGUGCCCAUGGUCAAUAUUAACAGGGUGCCACCCGCCUACCAGAACGAAAUCAAAUCGGUUGCGUGGAACCAGCACCAGCUUGCACAUCUGCAGCAAAUGUGUGGGGAUGCUGCUGGGCCUGCUGGACUCGCAGGGAAGCACCCUCAGAGAGAGAUUGCAGGGCAGAGUUUCCCUGGCAAAACUUCCAACUACCCUCAAGAACUGUGCAUGGGCCAGUCCUUCAGCUUGAAGCCCCCCAUCGAGAAGCCUACGCCUUCUCCGCCUGUGAACGGGUUGCAGGGACCUUUGCCAUAUACCAAUGGGCACUAUUUCCAGCCCCUCUGGAAUAACAUUCUGCCCACGCCCAACAGUGACAGCUCUGGGUCCCAGGACCUCACCAUGCCUUUCCAUGGGGGACAGCCAGCGGGAGCGACGCUGGAUUGUGCAGGAGGAACUCAUUACAGAGCUGGAGCUGGCCCAUCCAGCCAGAAUAAUGUGAUGCAGACCAUGGAUUACCUAAGUGGGGACUUCCAGCAGUCCUGCUUCCGAGACCAGAGCAUGGCCGUGCUGGGAAAAGUCCAUCGGCCUCCCAUGAACCGAGCACCUGAACCAACCGAUAGUCGAAAUCUUCAUAUUCAACACCCAGGGUAUAGAUAGGCUGCAGUCACUUUCACAGACAAAAAAAAUAAAAUUAUAGGUUUUAGUCUUAAUUUUAAUUAAUAAGCAAGGCGUUUUUAACUUGCAAACUUGUGUGAUCAUUAUAGUACCCAUUGGAAGAAGACAUACUGUAUAUUUAAAGAGCUUUGCUUACAUGUUAUCUCUCUCCUUUAUGCAUCAAAUAUUUAACAUGCCUUUUGUGUCAAAGAAUUUCAUUACACUACUUCACGCCACAGCUGUUUCCUCACAGCAGAGUCUCCCUUUGUGCAGCUUUUUUUUUUUUUGCCUUCUGCUGAGCAGCUCCUCGCUGGACUGAGGUUGAGUUGCUGCAGGGUUUUGCAGCCACAUCUGUGCUCCAGCGAGAGCGAGGUAGUGUAGCUGCUUCCAUUUCCAUCUCAAUUUCCUCACAAGAUUAAGAGCAACAGAAUUUUGUCAGGGAGUAGGGCUUGUUUUCAACUCAAAAGCCCAUUUCAUUAAUGCAUUAAACAUUGACCAUUUGCACUGUCUAGAGGCCUGUGUAAUUGAAAAAGAGCCUACGUUUGAAAAGAGCCAGCUAGGGGUAUGUAUUUAGGCUUUAAUAGAGGGAGAAGCUUUUCAGCUCUUUCUUGCCCACGUUUAUCAUUUAGACUUUGUCCAAAGUCAACAGUCUCUGGCAGAUUUUUCUGACGCUUUGUGUUUUCUGGACAGGGUAUGAGGAGGGGAGCAGCAGGUUUGGGAUGAAGGCAGCCACAGGGAGCUGUCUUUCUUUGUGUUCCCCCUCCCCACUGCCCUUCCACCAGCCUCAAAGCUCACGUUGUCUGAAUCCCUCGCUGCUAGGAGUCUGGCCAGCCUCGUGUGAAGGGAAUCCAGACCCACUGACAACUCCAAAAAGGGUUCAGCCACUUCUCUGGAAGCUGGAAUUACUGUCAGGGUGAGGAGAUGCAGCUCAGCCCAUCCCUGGUGCAGCGAGCACAGUCACGCUGUGGGGAUGGGGGUGGUUGGUCUGAAUCAAAGCUCCUCUCACAAGCCACUGUGGGAUUGACAGUCCCCUGUUCCUCUCCAUCUAAACACCCCAGCGGAUUUAAUGGAACAAUUCUUCUCCCUGGGAAUUAGUGAAGCUAUUUUUAACAUCCCUUUUUCCCAGGGUCUCGGUGCCUAACUCCUUCUGUUCCUUCCCCACGUCACUUCCAGCAGCCAGUUGAGUCAGUGACUGUAGGACACUAACUGCUGGGUAACCUCAGCAUCUUGUUCUCCUCUGUGUACCAAAACAUCCCUUUCCUUUCUAACAGCCGAAUUUAUUGUAAGUAGAAAUUCCUCAUCUCUGUUAACGAGACUAAUACUUGAACAUAAUGAUCACAAUCAAGUUUGGAAAUUAAAAAAAAAAAAGAAAAAAAAGAAAAAAGAAGAAGAAGAAGAAAAAGUUUAAAAAAAUAAAUGCAUUGAUUCUUUCUAUGUACACUGGCUAAAAAAUAUUGCUCUACACUGUAACUUUUAAGUGUAAUAUUUCUGUAUGAAUGUCGCCUGGUAGUGUGGGUUUGAGUAGCAUUGUGUAUGGGUGAACCCACUGGCCUCUGCCAUCCACUGGCCUCCCUCACAGCCCUUGGAAAAACAAAGCCUUAAGUAUUUGCUCCUUGAACUUUCCUUAAUGAGCAUGGUUUAAAAAAAAAAAUCUUAAAGACAUCAUACAAAAUUUAAAAAAAAAAAAAAUUAAAAAAAAAGUUUUGAAGUGACGUCAUAGUUGGCUAGAGAUUCUUAAAAGUUUUUCGUAAAUGGGAAAAUUAGAAAACAUUUAUUUGUAUUUUUUUAAUUUAGAAUGUGUAGUCCUGGGCUGUAACAAAUAUUUAGGUUUCAAAGCUUAGCAGAGUACGUUUCUGACUCCUUGCAUAAGUUAGUACACUUAUGUCAUUAUUUAAAUUCUUUUAAGUGUACUAUAACCCGUUCUUUAGUGGUAACUCCUGAGCAAAGUUAAGCAAUUUGACUAAAGACGGAUUAAAUUAUGUGUUGGCUUGUGUUGCCUUAUAUUUAAAAAAAGGAAAAAUUGCCUGAUUGUGUUAUGCCAAAUGAUAGCAACAUGAAGUCCUAAUUUAUUGUUUAUAAUCGUAUUCCUGCAGUCUUUGUGAAAACUGGUAAAUAUACAUCUAUGAAAGAACGAAAACCCUGAGGCUUUUCAUGCAAUAUUUUUCUGAAUCCAUUCUGUUGGAGCCAGAGUUCGAGUCUGAAGCUGCUUCCCCUACAGUCACCCCGUCGUCUUCCCUGUCCCAAACCCAACCCCAGCGAGGGCUGUGCUCUGACCUCACCCCUCCCUGCCCAGUCGGUCACUGUAAGGUGUUCUGCUACCUUUUUACUAAAUCAGACCUUGGCCUCUCCUCUCUUCCGUAGCCUGCUCCAAAUCUUAACCCAGACUGUUACUAAAAGCUAAUUUUUAACUCCUGCUCUUCUCCCGAGAGCCUGAGCAGAGUCCUGUGCCGUGGUGGUGGUUGCCUGGGAGGUGUUUGGUGGUGUUGGCAGCACGCUGUGAGAUUUUGGGGACUGUUCUGCACAGGUACAGCCACGGCCUCCGAGGCUUUGCCCCGGUACAGCAGGACCGGGAAGCAAAAUUCCUGCUGAGACUCAUCCAGGUGGGACAUUGCUUGAAAAAAAUAAGAAUCAUUUUACUAUUAAAAUAUACUGAAACCUUU